UAGAGAGUUUGUCUUAUUUGAGGCUCGUUGUGUUCGUAAAUUACUGUUGAUUUCAUAAAUUAUUAAAAUUUAAAUAAGUUUAUUGUUAUAAGUGUGUGUUGUAGAAGAUAUUAUGAACAAUAAAAUGUAUUUUGGAGGUGUGGAAGGCGGAGCAACACAUUCCAAUAUGGUCAUCUGUGACAACACAGGACAAGUGGUUGGAAGGUCCAAAGGACCUGGCACCAACCAGUGGGCGAUCGGCAUGGAGGAGUGCACCAAAAGGAUAGUGGCUAUGGUGCAGGCGGCGAGGAAAGAUGCCGGGAUACCCAACGAUAGGGUACUGGAUUCAUUGGGUCUGACACUCUCCGGCUGCGGACCAGAGAGCAGCAAUUCAGAAUUGGCAGCAAGAGUAAAAGAGGAAGACAGCAAGAUUGGUCUCAUCUACGUCGGGUCCGACACUGAAGGGUCCUUGUUUACUGGAGCCCCUGAUGGGGGCAUGGUUCUGAUUGCUGGUACAGGCUCCAAUGCCUUGCUAAGAACGCCUGACGGUAAACAGUAUGGAUGUGGAGGAUGGGGCCAUCUGUUGGGAGAUGAAGGUAGUGCUUAUUGGAUCGCUCACCGCGCGGUUAAAACAGCCUUCGAUAGCAUAGACGGGCUCCGGCCGUCCCCUCAUCCCAUAGACAACGUAUGGGAAGCUGUUAAGGAGCAUUUCAACAUCAACACACAGGACGACCUGCUCCCUUACGCGUAUAAGAACUUCGAUAAACCACAGUUUGCUGCUUUAACAGCAACUCUAUCAAAACUGGCCUAUCAAGGAGACGCGCUAGCUUGCCAUCUCUUCGCUGAAGCUGGGAGUGCAAUAGCAGCCCAUAUAGCUGCUUUAGCUCCGAAGUCUACUGGAAAAGUCAGAAUAGUCUGUGUUGGGUCAGUUUGGAAGAGUUGGGAUGUGCUCAAACCUGGUGUGCUCAAGGAGUUAACUCAUAGGAAUUUAAAAAUUGAAUUGGAGUUUGUCAGGCUACGAGUUUCCAGUGCAAUGGGCGCGGCAUGGAUUGCAGCGAAGCACGCCAACUGUAUACUACCGAGAGAUGACUCCCUCUUCUGUGAUAUAUUGUACACAUACCGAGGCGACGAAGUCUCCAAUGGCACGAAUGGCAACGUGGUAAAGUUGAAUGGCAACCACAACAACGUCGGCAUUUUGGCGCUCGCCGCAGGUUUUAUAGGUUAUGUUAGUUUUAAAGACAAAGUUUAUGCUGCAACAGUUAUUAAUGACUUGAAAGGAAGACGGCAGAAGUAUAACUUCAUAGCUGACGUGGUGGCGGUGUCUGCACCGGCCGUGGUGUACAUAGAAAUCAAGGAUGGACGUAGAGUUGACUUAUUCAGUGGCAGACCACUAACUCUCUCAAACGGUUCUGGGUUUAUAGUGAAAGAAGACGGGUUGAUAUUAACAAACGCUCAUGUUGUUGUAAAUAAACCGAACGCUACGGUUAGCGUAAAACUCAUGGAUGGUACCACCCACACUGGGCUAGUAGAAGAUGUAGACCUAAAAUCUGACCUGGCCACACUCCGGAUUCCUGUGAAUGGUCUACCAACUAUGAAGCUUGGCUCCUCGGCAGAUAUCAAGCCUGGCGAGUGGGUAGUAGCAAUGGGCAGCCCUUUAUCCCUCAGUAACACAGUAACGGCUGGUGUGGUCAGUUCAACGCAGAGGGCCAGCGAGGAACUCGGUUUGCGGGGUAAAGAUAUGGUCUACAUACAGACAGAUGCGCCUAUAACGUUUGGGAACAGCGGCGGGCCCCUAGUGAACUUGGAUGGUGAAGCGAUCGGUAUCAACAGUAUGAAAGUCACCUCCGGCAUCUCAUUUGCUAUACCCAUAGACUACGUGAAGGAAUUCCUAGCUAAGAGAAAAACCAAGCCUCCACAGGUUUCAAAGAGGUACCUAGGAAUCACUAUGCUGUCGUUAUCACCCAAUAUCCUGAUGGAACUGAGGAUGAGGAAUCCGGAGAUGCCGACGGAUAUCGAUCACGGAAUACUCGUUUCGAAAGUUAUCAUCGGAUCACCUGCAUAUAACGGCGGUCUUCAACCGGGGGAUAUUGUAACGAAUAUAAACGGAAAGCCGGUGCACAGCGCUAGCGACAUCUAUACGAUGUUGGAGAACUCCAGCGGCAGUUUGCGUGUGGACGUCGUUAGAGGCCGCCAGCGGAUCACUCUGUCUGUCACACCUGAGAUACACUCGUAACAUAUUGGGAUAUUACAUGCCUAG